UAUCUGAUGGUAGGUCCCAUCGUUUCGAAUAGCCUAGCUCUGCCAUAGUGCUGGUGAUGAACUUGAAAUUCCAAGGAUAGACAGGCAGAAAACAGACUAUAUGUAGAAUAUCUACAUCCAUACCGAUUAAUUGCAUUCCUACAAGGGUUUAAGUAUAUCGAUGGUGGCUAGCUGAAAACAGUAUGGCGGAGCUACAUGUACCAUAUCGACAUGAUGAUACUAUGGGCUCUCCAAUCACCAUGGAGAUACAAAGAUCAGGUGGUCUCAAGAGGUCACGUGAUGAGCUGAUGGGAUCCGGAGGAAAAGAACGACGAACACGCACUAUCUUCAACUUGGCUCAGAUAAACGCACUGGAGCGCAUCUUCUUGGAUGUUGAGUACCCGGAUGGUUAUUUGAAAGCCAAGUUAGCAAACCGUCUCGAGGUUGAUGAGAACACUGUUCAGAUUUGGUUUCAGAACCGGAGGGCGAAAAAGAAGCGACUACAAAGAGGACUCCCCGUGCCCGACAUGCAAGAGCCAUUUCACCCUCAUCAAAGUGUUUCCCAUCCGGGUUAUCUUCUACCCGAUUCUGAUCGACAAAACUAUCUACUGAACAUUGCAGAUCAGGGACAAGUUCACUUCCCGUCGGUCCCUAGAGAGAACCAGUGUUAUCCUACUAAUAGCAUGAUAGUGGGGAAUCCAGAUCUUGAGACUCAAUGGGCGGGAAAGGCGCACUUGAAUAGCAGAGAACAUUAUGCUGUGGACCCUACCAGAAUCCCGUCUCCUCAAACGCACAACUCACAAAUCGCUUUCACCAAAGAGAAAGGUUCUGCAGGAGACCUCACCAGGGCUUCGUCUAGUAUAACAACAGCCCUUAGUCCUGCCAGAUCAAUCGACUCACCUACCGUCUCUGAAGGAGGAGGAGUCAUUGACCAAAUUAGAAAGUGGCCCGUGAAAGAACCUGCAACAUCACAGAGUCCGUUUGGAAAAGUAGACUUUCCAAAGCUUCCACGUGUGUGCAUCAGACAUGAUACAGGUCAAAAUUUAAUGAGAAAUGUAUCAAAUUUUGUUUUUGGUGCGCCAUCGCCAGUCUCUACAGGAGGUCAGAGAGACAUUGUGAAGAUGCGUAUGAACGUAUUGAAGAAGGAUCCCCCCAAAUCGCCACCUCCAAACCAGACCUGCGCUGCUAUUCCCCGCUCACAACGGAACGAACUCGAGUUAGCUCUCAUGAAACAUGGCUUGGUAGAAGAAACAACGAGUGAAAAUGAACCCCCUAUAUCCAAUUCUUGUCAUCGUGCAGGGUAUAUAUCCGAUGACUUGUCGUCUAGCUCUGAAGAAUCGUCUGACUCGGAAGGAUUAGCGCCCCCUCGCCGGAAAAGAAAAGUACUUCGUAAUAGGCAGAAACCACCACCAAAUACAAGCUGUGCCUCCGUUCCUCUUCACGAUCGUACGCUUCCUUACCUAAGCAAGAUACCUCAGUACAGUUCUGAAAAGGUCACUACGAGUCAAAGGGUUGAAACACCAGCUAAUAUCUUAAUGCCACUGCAAUCAUUCGAGCAACCAAUCGGCAACAACAAUAUCUCAGAUUGGGAUACUGAUAGUGACGAUUCGUCGUGGGCCUACUUUGACCAAGGACCAAAGAAAGAAGCAGCUGAAACCAAAGACAGUCCGAAAGCACUUCUUGAUCUAAAAGCUAGUCAAUGUGGACCUCAGAGUGCACCACCAGCCCUUGUACCAGAAGGGGGUGAUGACGUCAAUUCCUUAACUACUGAAAAGGACAAUGGAUAUGCGGGUAAUGUGGCCUAUUGUACUGAUGAUGAGUUUUCAGAGAUCACACUAGCCCGAGAAUUUGCAGAAAUGUUGCCAUCCCCUCUAGGGACUUACUUGCCCAUCUACCACGAGGAUCCCUCAUCAAGCAGUCAAGGAUAUGACUCAUACAGACGCCCUCGUAUUCUCAGCGACUCAGCUCUAAUGACACCACGUCAUACUGAUAGCCGGCCACAACCAACAGUAGAACUCAGGAACUGCCCCGUUUCCACUCAAUCUUCAGACUCCUCUCUCAGCGGACUUUCAUCUCUCUUCAAUUCAGUCUCUCCAAGUGAGUUGGUGAAGCACCUGUCAGAUGGUGUUGUUGAGAUAGACCAGAGCACAGCCUUGGACCUUCCAGCUAUUUCCCACAUACCGGAGUCGAGAAGGCUACACCCGGAAGGAUUGAUUGAAGGCGUUCGACAACAAGGUAUCCAGCAGAACUACCAACAGCCAUUCCCGGCUAAUAAUAAUCGUGGUGCAUAUGGAGAGCAAAUUAAGACUGGAACUGCCUUCAUAAAUGACUCUCUCGGUAAUUGUCGUGAAGCAAAGAUUGACAUCGGACACGGUAGAAUCAACGCAUCGGUUCAAAGUAUCAUAAGACCAAUUCCGACCCGUCCACUUCAAGCAACUUCAUCACCACCCAGUCAGUCGAUGAUACAUGCACCCUUAUCAUCUACCCAUGUGAACAACACAUUGCCAUUUCCAGACUGUUCAUCAAAUCUAGUUGAAACUCGUCACCAGAGCGCUACCUAUGGUCAACAUCAGGUGCAAGGAGAUCCUAACCACAAUUAUUCCGAUCCAGGAUUCCAGGAGACCAUCCAAUCGAAUACCUUACAUCCUGGAGCGUAUGUUCAACCUCAAAGCGUGGUCCAUCACCAGCCAUCAUCCAUGUUUACCUCGCAUCAUCCAUCACGAUUUCCAGGUAAUGCUUAUGAAGCAGGUUUUCCUGGACAUCACACAACUGCCCCUCCUAGGAAUGUAUCUCUCCCUAUGGCACCUUCUCACCAGGCUGUGGUAGGUGUGUCUUCUCCAUCUGCUGAUAACUUACCUCCGAACCAAGUCUGUACAGCGGUACCUGAUGCUGUGUCAUCACAAGGACUCAUGGCACGUUACCUUGCAUGGACACAGGGCAGAACUCUACAUGUAGAAUAAUAAUGUUGGAUCAGGCGUCGUCGACACAGGGCAGAACUCUACAUGUAGAAUAAUAAUGUUGGAUCAUGCGUCGUCGUAAAAUAUCAUCGAUAAUAAUUUCUCGUAAUUACUGUUAAAUAAAUUUUGUUAAUGUUCUGUAAAGGCCCUUUUACACGUUUAAACAAGAAUGAGUAAAUCAUCAGGAUCGAGCCGUCCCGAAAUAAAAAGGGGCACUUAUCUGAAUUAAAAGGGGGCACUUUAGUGGUUCUUUAAAAAGUGUGGGGGUUCUGACGGUGAUACUUUGUACAUGUAGUGGCCACCAUAAGAC